ACAAUGGACGAUCACGAUCAUUCCAAGAAAGAAAUCUUCUCGGGCGACUUCCGAUAUGUUCUGGAAGAUGUCCCUCACCUCAUCGAUUAUCUCCCUAACCUCUCGGCAUAUCCAAAUCCCCUGCUGAACAAUAAUUCUGCCUAUUCUGCUACUGAGCAAUAUUUUGUUAACAUGGAUGAUGUUGUUGCUCAAAAGAUUGUUGUUGAGAAGAACUCUCUAAGUGGAGCAUAUUUCCGACUUGCUGGACCUCGCCAAAAGGUGUUUUUUGAACCCGAAGAUGUUCGUGCAUGUAUUGUAACCUGUGGUGGCUUGUGCCCAGGUCUUAACACAGUGAUUAGAGAAAUAGUAGGUGGAUUAAACCACAUGUAUGGCGUCCACAAAAUUGUUGGAAUUGAGGGAGGAUACAAAGGUUUCUACGGUGAGAAUACAAUUUCAUUAACACCAAAAUCAGUGAAUAAUAUCCACAAACGUGGUGGCACAAUUCUUGGAACAUCAAGAGGUGGUCACAAUACGUCCAACAUUGUUGACAGCAUUCAAGAUAGAGGCAUCAAUCAGGUCUAUAUACUUGGAGGGGAUGGAACUCAAAAAGGAGCUGCUGCUAUUUAUGAGGAAAUUAGAAGGCGUGGCCUCAAAGUUGCAGUGGUUGGAAUUCCAAAGACUAUUGAUAAUGAUAUUCCGGUAAUAGACAAGUCAUUUGGUUUUGACACUGCCGUUGAAGAAGCUCAACGUGCUAUUGAUGCUGCUCAUGUUGAAGCAGAGAGUAACGAGAAUGGUAUAGGCUUGGUAAAGUUGAUGGGUCGCAACAGUGGGUUCAUAGCAAUGUAUGCGUGCCUUGCCAGUCGAGACGUUGACUGCUGCCUGAUACCAGAGUCGCCCUUCUAUCUCGAAGGAGAGGGUGGUCUUUUCGAGUACAUUGAACAUUGCUUGGAAAAACAAGGCCAUAUGGUUAUAGUUAUAGCUGAAGGUGCCGGUCAAGAACUUGUUUCCAAAAGCACACAAAAAGCCGAUCAACUAGAUGCUUCUGGAAAUAAGCUACACCAAGACGUUGGCUCGUGGAUAUCCCAACAGAUAAAAAAUCAUUUCGAAGAAAAAGGGACAAUUCCAAUCAAUCUCAAAUAUAUAGAUCCCACGUAUAUGAUUCGUGCAGUUCCUAGCAUUUCAUCAGACAACAUCUUCUGUACCCUUCUUGCUCAUAGUGCCAUUCAUGGCGCAAUGGCAGGAUACACUGGUUUCACAGUAGGCCCGGUGAAUGGACAACAUGUUUACAUACCAUUUCACCGGAUAAUCGAGAGACAGAACAAAGUUGCUAUUACUGAUCGGAUGUGGGCGAGGCUAUUGUGUUCUACCAACCAGCCAAGUUUCUUGGAUCCUAAACACAUCACUAAAGCUUCUUACUAG